GUUAGCUUGACACGAUCAUAUUACAGGCGUGUUCGACGUGUCGGUUAAAAAAUAUAUAUAUAUAUUUAUCUAAAGUUAAAUAUUAUUUAUCAAUUUGAUUUUUAAAGAUAUCUUAACUGUUGAAAGCUGAAAUAGUUCUAGAUCAGUUUGUUUACUGAUUUCUUGAAGUGAAACUAUUAUUAUUAUUUUACAUGAGGUGAUUUUUUGGGUAACACGCUCUAGCUUCCGCGCAUGUCAGAAUACAGCUAAGCCACACCUCCUCUCAGAACAAGUCUACAUAGCCGUUAACGUUAGUAUUGGACUGUGUUAACUAUUUAGAUCUAGAGGAGAAAAAUCACAGAAAUGGAUGCGCGUUUAAAUAUGGUGUACUUCGUGGGAUUUAUGUGUUACUUGCUUUUAAUAUUAUCUCUCAGUGUUAACCCUUCGUAUGCCACCAACAGUACAACUUCUGGAUCUAACAUAACUUGUUCAAUUAAUCAGUUUCAAUGCUCUAAUGCCGUUUGCAUUACGUUGUCAUGGAAAUGUGAUGGACAAGCGGAUUGCUAUGAUGGUUCCGAUGAAAAAAAUUGUCCUCAAACAACCUGCUCUGAUGAUUUCUUCCGUUGCAACAAUGGAGAAUGCAUACCAUCAAGAUGGACAUGUGAUUCAUCUUCAGACUGCAAAGAUGGUAGUGAUGAACUCAAUUGCACAGUUCCCUCAAAUGAAACAACGUGUGAUUCUGAUGAAUACCACUGCUCCAACUCUAAAAAAUGUAUUCCACGCAUCUGGGUAUGUGAUAAAUCAGCUGAUUGCCCCGAAGAAGAUGAUGAAGACAAAGAAAGUUGUUUAAAACUCUGUGAUCAGUCUGAAUUUACAUGUCAAAAUGAACAGUGCAUUUCUAUUCAAUGGCAGUGUGAUGGUUCCAAAGACUGUCUGGAUGGCUCCGAUGAGUUCAAUUGCACAUCUGUAAAGGCCCAGUGCAGUGAGGAUCACAAAAUGUGUGACGAUACUGAAUGUAUUAGCAGCUCAUGGUGGUGCGAUGGCGAUUCAGAUUGUGAGGAUGGUUCUGAUGAAAAAAACUGCACAAUACAGCUUCCAAAUCCAUGUUCUUCUACAGAAUUUCAGUGUCUGUCACCUGAAUUUGAAUUACAUUGUAUUCAUAUGGCCUGGCGAUGUGAUGGUGAGGAGGAUUGCAAUGAUGGAAGUGAUGAGCGUAAUUGUUCUGAAUCAUCAUGUAGACCAGAUCAGAUUAGAUGUGAUGAUGCACUUUGUUUAAGUAAUUCUUUUGUGUGUGAUGGUGAAAAAGAUUGUAAAGAUGGCUCAGAUGAGAAAAACUGUUCAUCUCCUGCUAAAUGUUCAUCUGGCCAAUUUGCUUGCAAUGAUGGAACUUGUAUAUCAGAAGAAAGUUUGUGUGAUGGAAAAUCAGAUUGUGGUGCCUCUGAGGAUGAGGAUACAGCUUUUUGUUCAUCAGAUCCAUGCAAAGUAGACAAUGGCAAAUGUAUGCAAAUUUGCUUACCUAACCCUAAUGGACGAGGUAGAGUUUGUAUGUGCAAUCCUGGUUUUGAGCUUAAACACGACUCUCAAACUGCAUGCCAGGACAUCAAUGAGUGUGAGAUACCAGGAACCUGUUCCCAAAUUUGUGUCAACACCAAGGGCUCUUACAAGUGUGAAUGUGAGAAAAACUAUUCCUUGGUAAAUCAUACCUUCUGCAAGGCCGUUGGAGAUAAACAUGCUGAGCUUAUCCUAUCAGAUCAUCAUGCUUUGCGUCGUCUACAUUUGGAUACGUUUGAUUAUACCAAGAUUUUCGACAGUCAUUUAGCUAUAGCAAUGGACUUUGACAUCAGGGAAAAUAAAUUGUUCUGGUCAGAUGUCAAGUCCAAAAAGAUUUUCAUGGCUAGUCUCAACAGUAAUGAGACAGUAACCAUCAUCAACCAGAACCUGUUAAUGCCGGAUGGUCUAGCCGUAGAUUGGGUCCAUAACAAUCUGUACAUAGCUGAUAGUGUUUCAGAUACGAUUGAAGUCUUCCAAUUGGAUGGAUCUAACAGAAAGACAUUGAUACAUAAUGAUUUGGAGGAGCCACGUGCAAUUGCUUUGGAUCCACAGAAUGGGUGGAUGUAUUGGACAGAUUGGGGAAGCAGCCCUAAAAUUGAAAAGUGUGGUAUGCAUGGUCAAAACCGACAUGUGAUUGUAACAACCAAUGUUGUCUGGCCAAAUGGUUUAACUAUUGAUUAUAUUCAAAAGCGACUUUAUUGGGCUGAUGCCAAGCUUCAUAUGAUUGUUAGCAGCAAUAUGGAUGGUGGAGAUCAAAAGAUAAUACUAAAAAGCCAUAAUCUUUUGGGGCAUCCAUUUAGUAUUACUGUGUUUGAAGACAAUCUGUACUGGACAGACUGGCAGACUAAUGGUGUUCAAAAAUUCAACAAAUUUGGAAAGGGAAAUGCCACUACACUUCUUAGAAAUCUGCAUCGUCCUACAGAUAUUCAUGUGUUCCAUUUACUUCGCCAGCCAACUUCUAUUAACUUCUGUGGUGACAACAAUGGUGGGUGCUCCCAUUUGUGUCUCCCUCGCCCUCAGCUUAAAACAAACAAGAGCUAUGAAUGUGCUUGUCCAGAUGGGAUGAAAUUUGGGACAGGAGAGCAGCAACACCACUGUGUCCUAUCUGAUGAGAUGUCCACCAAAAAACCUGUUCAAUGGCCAGUAAACAAUGUAGUCAACAGAAUCACCACUGACAAAUUGGAUGCCACAAUUAAAUAUCAGAGCACUACUGAAAAGACUCAAGACAUUUACAAUAAAUCUCUUAGCAAUGAUGCCAAUGGCCAGGCUGAAGAUGGUGCUGGAUUGAUUGCAUUGAUAGUAAUUGUAGUACUCUUGUGUAUAGGCGUGGCUGUUACUGUAGUCAUAUUUUUGCUGAUCAAAAGAUACAAGAAAAGAAACAUCAAGUCCAUGAAUUUUGACAACCCUGUAUACAGGAAAACAACAACUGAUGAUCAGUUGAUAAUGAACAAAAGUGAUAGGAGAUCUAGUGUGCCGACAGUAAGAAUAGACUCAAGCUUGCAGCCUUUAACACAAGAUCAUGAAUAUGUUGUCUGAUAGACACAAAAGUAUUCAGCAUUUUAAAAACAUUUCUAUUAUGGAGUGAUCUUCAAACACACAUUCAGUUCAUUAGUUUGAUUGAAAAUGUGGACAAGCAGAUAAAGAAAGUAGAAGUAACAACAAAAAAAAGUGGCAACUUUCAACCUUCAGUUAUCCAAUCAGCUGUCAGCUUACAAGUCCUCUACUUGUUUUUGCUCAUGCUGUUCAUCUUCAACUGGACCACUUUCUAAAAAAUGCCUAAAACUGGAAAAUGUGGACCAGAAACUCCAAAUGCUGUGGUGACUCAAACUUCUUGGUUGUUUAGUUUUAAAUUAAGUAAUAUUGACCUCAGUUGUUGUUGAGUCUCCCCACACAAUGCUCAAAACUGCUCAGUGUAUUGAAGUCUUGUGCCUUUUUGUCCAAUCAGCAUCAGGAACAUUUACAUUCUCCUCUCAAUGCAAUGUUUGGACAGAGGCCUUUGAAAAUGGAGUCUAGUCGGCAGCCAUCAGCUCCUACCACCUGGAGUAAUCUUUUACCACAUCAGUUCCAGAAAUGUAAAGACUUGUGUUGGUGACAACAAGUAACAACUAAUUCAUACAUUUGAUUUCUGAAACUGUGUCUAUUGAUUGACAGAUAUUUGUUGUUAACCUGGUGAAUUUUCUUUUUGUUUUGAUUUUCUACUCAAAUAGAGAAACACUGUACUAUGAUUUAUGUUAUAGUUUCAUUACAGGCUGUGAUCUAUAUUUCUAUUUUGUUUUCCUGUAUAGUCUAUAAUGUUCUGAGUACAGAAUAAUAUGCAGUUAUAGAUGUCUAUUACUUGAAAAUUUGGCAGCAGAUUCACGCAGAUGUGGCUGAAGGAUUUUAGGCAUAGCUUUACCAGACUCUAAAUCUCAAGUUAAAAUAUGCAAGAAGUUAAUAUUUGUCCUUUUUUUAUUCCAGUUGUGCAGUUUUAAAUAGCCAGGCUCAAAAGAUCUUAUUAAUUUUAUUUAAUAAUGUGCCUUUUUUUUUUUUGCUUGAUAUUCUAGCUGGAAACGCAUGUUUUGAAUAGAUCUGAGAAUGAUUGUUUCCAUAACAACUUUAUACCAAAAUUCAAUUUCUGGUUUUAUGUUUAACCAUAAUGUAGACUUUUGUUCACUAUAAAUUUCAUUCAUGAGAGAUAAGCCAAUAUUGCUGCUUUGCUUUAAGAGUUGAUAUUAAAUAAUAAAUCAUUAGAAGCCACCAAUCAGAAAAGACUCACAACUACAUUGUGAUGGGAUGAAGACUCGUUCAAAACAUGUGCCAAAAGUUUUGUUUAUUGGAGUGUGUUAUUUGGCACAUCUGUCAUUGCUCUUUGUACAUAGUUCUUGAGCUUUAUGCUUCUAGCAGCUUGGAAGUGACUUAGUUUUUUGUUUAUUACCACUAACAACUGCCAGGGCUAUCCUAUUGAAUUGAUUGGUGUGCCAAUUUAAUAAUGACUAUUUUUAGUUGCAUAAGUGUUGACAUCUUUGUCAAAAUAUUUUUCUAGCAUUUAUCAUUACCAUAUCAUUGUUCAUAGAAUGCUUUGUAACUUGUGUCUCUGGUUCUACUUGUUGCUCUCUUCUCCUCCAACUUGCUCAUUAUCUGCUACAUCAUUUAAUUCAUAAUUCAAUGUCUAAUGCAUUCCUUAUGUUUGUAUAUCAUAAAAGGUUAUUCUUUCCUUCAUAGCCAGUAUUACUAUAGAUCUGUUUGCAAAUUUUGGUUUAGCCCUUUUGAAAAAAAAUGUCUAUUAUUCUGACUAGAAUCUCUUUGCAAUUACAAGUGCUUCUAGAAAUCUCAAGUGUGAUGUGAGACAUGAAAGUAAUUUAUUGUAUGCUUAAUAUUUUGUUUUGUGUUGCUUACAAUGAGAUUAGUCUUUUCUUUGGGAAAGAACUGUUUAUCAAUUCAAGUACAAGUCAAGGAGAAAAGAAUAAUUCUUUCUUUCUACUGUUCACAUCUUUCUCUUUGAUACUGUGCAUUCCUAUUUGUUCCCAAUGUCAAGAACUUUUUUUUUCCAUGUGUGCAUAUAUUUAAAUGUCUUUAUGCUUGCAUCUGAUAUUGUUUAAGUGUAAUAUGUGUAAAAUAUUUUUCUUGAGAACUAAUUUGGUGAUUGAAAAUUCCAAUAUUUAAUGUCUGUAUAUAACAAGAAAUGUUUGCUGCAUGGUUGAUGAUUGUGAGAGAGGAUUGAAAUUGUAUUAUUUAUGAGUCUGCUGUGCUUAGCUAGUGAAAUAGUUUGGAAUGACUGGAUUCAAAGGACCCUUCAGAACAUUACCUUAAGCAUGUGAGUUCUUAGGUUUUCAUUAUGAAGAAUGUAGAAUUGAAACUCUUAAAGCAGUCUUGCUCUGUUGGGGGUAUGUUAGUUUGUAAGUGUGAUGUUAGUCAAACAGAAUUAAUAAAUCAAUAAAUAAAAUUGA